AUGGAACUUAUUACAAAUAACUUAGAUAUAAUUGCUACAAUUCCGGCUGGUUUGUAUUCUGGUUCUUCUUUGUAUCAAUCACAAGUCGAAUGGCCAUCAUUAGAAAAAUUUUCCACCGAUCAACAUUGGUCAUAUUUUCAAGGAAUGUUUAAUCAAAAUUUACUUCAACAAGUUCUAACAACAUUACCAGCUGGUAUUGCUGCUUUGGGAGAAUCAUACUAUUGUCAGAAAGCAAAUAAACAAUUGUGGUUAACAGCAGGUUGUAUAUUUAUUGGUAUUCUUCCUUACACUUAUCUGUUUAUGGGUCCAACAAUUCGCAAGAUGUUAUCUACUGAAGCGAAUACACCUCAGGGUGAUUAUGUUCUGUUUGAACAACCAGCAUUAAUAAAAAAAACAUUGUUAGAACGCUAUAAGCAAAUGCAUUUAGUUCGAACCGUAGCUUCAAUAGUUGGUUUUAGUCUGGUGGUUUAUGGACUUAGUAAAAGACAAGAAAAUAUUAUACUUUUAUGA